CAAGAAGUUACUAGGGGCCGAGCGCCUAGUCCCCGACCCACUCGCAGCGUCCACCACCCACAGGCUCCCAGCGCCGCAAUUUGCUCGUCCAGCGCUGCUUAGGUUGAGACCAGAGUCCCGCGCAGAACCUUCCGGUGCCCAGCCCCACUUCAGGAGCCCAGGCUGUCCCAUCCCCUUAGCUGUGGCCACAGGCUCAGGGCCAUGAGGUGCCUUCUGAACAGUGUGGUCCCAAUGGGGCUGGCUUUGCUGGUCUGCGGAGCGCAGGCCUUUUUUCUUCCCAACAUCACGAGCCUGGAGAAGCUGCUGAGCAAGUACCAGCAGGCAGAGCCACACUCACGAGUGCGCAGAGCCAUCCCCAUGUCCGAUCGCCAGGAAAUCCUCAUGCUGCACAACAAGCUGCGAGGCCAGGUGUACCCCCCUGCCUCCAACAUGGAGUACAUGACUUGGGAUGAAGAGCUGGAGAGGUCCGCAGCAGCGUGGGCACAGGAGUGCCUGUGGGAGCAUGGGCCUGCCAGCCUACUGGUGUCCAUCGGGCAGAACCUGGGUGUGCACUGGGGCAGGUACCGCUCUCCUGCGUUCCAUGUGCAGUCCUGGUAUGACGAAGUGAAGGACUAUACUUACCCCUACCCCCAAGAGUGCAACCCAUGGUGCCCGGAGCGCUGCUCAGGGCCUAUGUGCACCCACUACACACAGAUAGUCUGGGCCACCACCAACAAGGUUGGCUGUGCUGUGCACACCUGUCGGAGCAUGAACGUCUGGGGAGACAUUUGGGAGAACGCCGUGUAUCUCGUCUGCAAUUAUUCUCCAAAGGGAAACUGGAUUGGCGAGGCCCCCUACAAGCAUGGCCAGCCCUGUUCUGAGUGCCCGCCCAUCUAUGGAGGUGGCUGCCGAAACAACCUGUGUUACCGAGAAGAGCCUUACAAGCAGAAAACGGAGGUGGACGAGACCAAUGAGGUGGAAUCGCCCUCUGCUCCCAAGGAAACACAUGUCUGGGUCCAGCCCAGGGUUGUCAAGCCCUCGAAGCCCAAGAAGACCCCAGUCGUCAACUUCAUGACCCAAGUGGUCCACUGUGACACCAAGAUGAAGGACACAUGCAAGGGAUCCACGUGUAACAGGUACCAGUGCCCCGCAGGCUGUCUGAACAACAAAGCCAAGGUUUUUGGAUCUCUGUUUUAUGAAAGUUCUUCUAGCAUAUGUCGAGCUGCUAUCCACCAUGGCGUCAUCGAUGAUCGAGGUGGCCUGGUGGAUGUCACCAGGAAUGGGAUGGUACCCUUCUUUGUCAAAUCUCCAAAAAAUGGCAUGGAGUCCCUGAGCAAAUACAAGCCUUCUAGCUCCUUUACCGUGUCAAAAGUGAAAGAGACAGCUGUGGACUGCUAUACCACAGUCGCGCAGCUCUGCCCCUUCGAGAAGCCUGCCACCCACUGCCCGAGAGUCCAGUGUCCUGCACGCUGCGGAGAGGAACCGUCCUAUUGGGCCCCUGUAUUUGGAUCCAACAUCUACGCUGAUACUUCCAGCAUUUGCAAGGCUGCUGUGCACGCAGGUGUCAUCAGCAACGAGAACGGUGGCUAUGCUGAUGUGAUGCCUGUGGGCAAAAAGAAGAGCUACGUGGGCUCGCUCAGGAACGGAGUGCAGUCAGAGAGCCUGAAUACACCUCAAGACGGGAAUGCCUUCCGGAUCUUCGCCAUCAGACAGUGAAUGUGGAGACCUGGGGAGAAGGGGGUGUCAUCUACUGGGUUUUGGGGUCCUGCUUUUUAUCUGUACUCUGUCCUUUGGGGGUGGGAUGAGGGAUUACGGAGAGUCAGGAAUCUUCCUUUUAGCGUCAUUGAAUGUCCUGUCCCUCCAUGGCCUUUGGCAAGGGUGACAGAGCACCAUGUUUCAUGAGCAGCAAGCCCUGGCUGGACAGCCAGUGCCCAGACCGGCUAGGCCGC